CCUAAAAUGCCAAACUUAGAUGAUAUUUUAGAGCAUAUUGGGGAGUUUGACCGAUUCCAGAAAAGAACAUUUUUUCUCAUUUGCUUCCUGUCUGCUGCCUUUGCCCCAAUCUAUGUGGGAGUUGUUUUUCUAGGUUUUAUACCCGAGCACCGUUGCCUUAAUCCUGGAGUUAAGGAGUUAAGGAGCAGAUGCAGCUGGAGUCUUGAAGAGGAAUUGAAUUACACAGUUCCAAAGGGAAAGAUUGGAGAAGCUUUAACUAGUCAGUGCCUGAGGUACAAUGUGAACUGGAAUGCAACUGACCUGAGCUGUACAGAUCCAUUGGGAGGUCUUGCUAGCCAUUGGGACAAGAACAAUCUAUCUCUUACCACUUGCCAGGAUGGCUGGCUUUAUGACCCUUCAAUAUCAUCCAUCGUGAGUGAGUUUAACUUGGUGUGUGAAGACUCCUGGAAGCUAGAUGUGUUCCAGGCAUGUGUCAAUGCUGGGUUUUUCCUUGGGUCAGUAAAUGUUGGCUAUAUAGCAGACAGGUUUGGACGUAAAACAAGUCUCUUGAUUACCACUUUGAUAACCUCCAUUUCAGGAGUUCUUGUAGCCUUGGCGCCAAACUACUUAUGGUCUGUGAUUUUUCGAUUCAUGCAAGGACUAGUCAGCAAAGGCGCCUGGACAGCAGGCUAUAUCCUAAUCACAGAAAUUGUUGGCCCAGGGUACAGGAGGACGGUGGCUAUUUUCUAUCAAGCGGCAUUUACUGUUGGUCUUCUCAUCCUUGAUGUGGUUGCUUAUGCAAUUCCCCACUGGAGAUGGCUUCAGCUUGCUGUUACCUUGCCAUCCUUCCUGCUUUUGCUCUACUACUGGUGUCUCCCAGAAUCUCCCAGAUGGCUUAUCUCCCGAGGACAGAAUGGUAAAGCUAUGGAGAUUGUAGACAAUAUUGCUAAAACAAAUGGGAAAAUGUUACCUGCCCAAUUCGAGAGUGUUAUCUGUGAAGAGGGAAAUGAAGAUGGCGAAAAACUGAGCCCUUCACUUAUUGAUCUUGUGAAGACACCACAGAUGAGAAAAUACACAUUUAUUUUGAUGUAUAACUGGUUCACCAGUUCCGUGAUAUACCAGGGCCUCAUUAUGCAUCUGGGAAUAGCUGCAGGCAAUGUUUAUCUGGAUUUUUUCUACUCUGCUCUUGUGGAAUUUCCUGCUGCCCUCAUACUCGUGUUCACAAUUGAACGUGUAGGUCGGCGUUAUCCCUGGGCUUCAGCAAAUUUUGUGGCAGGAUUUGCUUGCCUUGCUACAGCUUUCACCCCAGAUGGUUUGCUCUGGCUCAAGAUUACUCUGGCUUGUCUUGGCAGAUUAGGAAUCACUAUGGCUUUUGAAAUGGUUUGCUUUGUCAAUACUGAAUUGUAUCCAACAUUUCUUAGAAACCUUGGCGUGAUGGUCUGCUCAUCCUUAUGUGAUUUGGGUGGAAUAAUAUCACCAUUCAUUGUUUAUAGGCUAGCAGAGAUCUGGCAUGAGCUACCUCUUGUAGUAUUUACUUUAGUUGGUUUGAUUGCUGGUGUAUCAGUAUUACUUCUGCCUGAAACUAAAGGGAGAACUUUGCCUGAAACCAUUGAAGAUGUAGAAAACUUCCACAAGUAUCACACUAGUCAGCUUAAUUAAUAAUAUGUUAAGUUUUACUUUAAAAGUGUUAUUUCAACAGCUGCGUGAAAAGAGUCCAACUUUGCUUACUAAUCAAUGUUCCAACAAGAAACAAACUGAAAGGCCGUUCAAUAUUCCAAGAAUCAUUACACUAAUAUAUAAAUGCAUAUUUUUGUCUUGUGUGUGUUUUAUAUGGUUUGUUAGAUAUGCAUUUUUAAAUCAGAUAUGGUUUAAAUUGAUUUACCUGUCUAUCAUAGCUGCUUGCCUUCACUACAUGCAUGAGAACAUUUCAAAUAGUGGCAGAUACACUCUUAAAACUUUUUAAUAGGUUCGUAGCCCUGAAAUUACCUUUACAUAAACAUGCUUCGGAUCAAAACAUACAACAUGGCAUCCUUCGCCUUCCAAAUGUUUGCAUAAACCUAAUCACCAUUACCAACAUAUUAACCUGCACAUUUCUUUGAAGAUGGAGUUCUCCAGUAGGGUUGUCUGAUCUUCCCUGGUCACCAACAGGGGAUUCAGGAGGUAGAGAUUGCCAGAUCCAGCUAGAGAAUCUCCUGGAGAUUUAGGGAUGGAGUCUAAAUCUAUAAUUCCAGGAGAUCCCCAGGAGGCUGUUGUCCCUAUUCUCCGGGGAAACAGCUCAGGAGGGGGUGUUCUUCUUUCCGAGCAAUCUGAUCAUAGGCCUGGUACUGAAAAUACAUUUUGAGGUAGUAAGAGCAGUCCUUGCAUACGUGACUGUGUACAUUUCGUAAUGUAAUCCAAUCUAAUUAUUACAGUACAUGCUUUUUACUGUCUUCUCAGUGCUUUCCUGCCCAUUGUUAAUGAGCAUGUAGUUUAAGAACAUAAGAACUAGCCUGCUGGAUCAGACCAGAGUCCAUCUAGUCCAGCAUUCUGCUACUUGC